GACGCGUGGGUGGAAGACAAGAGAAGUGGUUUGACGGGUAUUUUUGUUUGCGUUUUAGGGCGACUCUCCUAACUUUAGGAGGUCGACCUUGGGAAAAGAAGAAUGUUUUAGCCCAUUCGGGGGUUCUACCACCCUAAGAGCAAGAAGAACGGACAGAUGCACGAGAAGACGUGCUACCUUACGAAGCCCGCCUGGCAAGAACAUCCUAAAGAAGAACAGCUUGAAUAUAAACUCUCUUUGCUACUAUGACACUUCCUGUGCGAGCGACGCGAGAGGUUAGGAGUCUACGAUAUGUCUCUUUGCUAUAGAUUCAAGCAGUUUUGGUUACUUUUAUUCAACGGUUUGUGGGUUCAGAAAGAAGAGAAGUUGAACUCUUGCAAAUCGCAGAAAACAAAAAAUGAUAUCAGCGACCGACAAGUGGAGCUGAAAGGUGCAAGGAGGGAAUUUCUGGGCGCGGAACGAAAAACUGACGAUGUGAUUGAUUGUCAGCUUGUUUCUCAUGGAGUUAAAUUCUCCAAUAAAGAAGAAAUGGAAGGUUUCGAUUCUAAGAUGGACGAAAUGCAUGAUAUAUUCCUUAAGGAACUUUCGGAAAUAAAGCGACAACACGAACGACUACAAAUUGGUAGGGUUAUUCUCAGCAGACGUGUGUCAGAAUUAGAACAAAUCCUGCAAACAGACAUUAAAAGCUUUACAAGCUCCGAUAUAAAAUCGUUUAUGGAAGAUUCGUCAUUAUCUAGUGAAGAGCUACAGCUUUUGGCCGAGAUGGAUGAAAUACUAGAAAUGCUUGAAAAAGAACGGCAAGAACUUCUAUCGCUUGAAAAAUAUUUAGACAUUGAACUGCGUGAAAGAACGUACUAUCCAGAACCUGUAAUGCAUCGCCACAGAAGGCUGGAAGAUGACUUUUCAAGGCAGAUGAAACUAGACGGUGGUUUGAAAUACGAGAGCUUUGACAAAACCGUUCAGUUCAUAACUUAUGGUUCGCUUCCACCGCCCCUGUCGCUAGGUGAUCUGUUGGAUGUGCCGGAUAGAUAAUACAAACGGACAGAGCCAGCACCGUGUUUACGGAUUGGCCGAGAUAAAUGUUUGCUUAGCGCAGGUGCUAGUAAACAAGUUCCUCAAUAGGGUUUUAUCGGUCGUCGGGUUCAAUAAAGAAUUCUAAAUCGUUCUCGUCUGAUGAACUUUGGUUAGGGAUAAAGCAUUACUACAAUAAAAUAUAAUACUAUAAUUUUUCCUAUUUACUUUAAUAAAAAUAGAACGAUGCUUUG